AAUUUUAUAUAUAACCUCCGAUUAAACCUCCACCACAUUCUUAGUUGCAGUUUCAUCUGGCUAUAUAUUCAUAUAUCUCUUCAAGAAGCUAAAGGGGCAUACCAAAGAGAAGAAAGAAUCUCAUCAACCCAGAAGUGAUUAAGCAAAACGCGCCAUGGUAUUUGAAACAGCUUCUUCUUUCAUUGCCAGCUGGCUCACACCCACUUGUCUCUUCGUCUUCGUCAACCUUGUCAUCGGUACCAUAGCCAUCGUUUCUCGUUUCGCCACCCAUCAUCAACGGCAGCAAGUUGACUCUUCGGGUCAACUCGUCCGUUCUACUUCUCUUCUGGACCGCGUCAUGUCCUUCAACCUCUAUUCCUAUAAAGAUGAUGGACAUAACUCAGUUCAGGAGAAUCACGAGUUGGCCCAACAAAGUCCGGGUCAAUCUGUGUUAGACCAAGUCAACUCUUCCGAAAGAAUGGAUGACUCAGCUCAAUAUGAGUUGACCCGGACUCCAUCUUUGUUGGAAAGAUUAAAGUCAAUAAAAUUCUACAAAUCAGAAUCAACAAAGAAAGUUAAAGAGGAAGAACCUGAAUUCGGAUCCGGACACCAACCCAGUGCUAAAAAGGACGGGUUGGAUCGGGUGAAUUCGGAUGAGGAUAGAAGAAUAAGGAACUUAUUAUCGAGAAGGUGGGAGGGAGAGGAGUUAUUGGGAGAAGAAGUGGACAAGAAAGCUGAUGAUUUCAUCAACAGGUUUAAGCAGCAGCUUAGGCUUCAGAGGCUUGAUUCAAUACUACGUUAUAGAGAGCUGCUCAAGAGAAAUUAAUAUCCAUCAUAGAACAAGCUUUUGGAUUUCAUGUUUCAAUUAUUUAUUUAGAUUUGAAGCAUGUGAUGUGUAAUAGGAUGAAGAAAUCUACACUACUUUAGUAGAUUUGAUUGUUUCAUAAUGAUAAAUGAUACGUGUGCACUCUUUUUGCAAUUAAAACUUAGAUAAUAACAUAUCUCAACCAUCAAUACUAUGAGAUUUAUAAAUUUUUUUUAUACGAAUUUGAUAGUUGAGAGUGUUAAUGUCUAAAUAUUGAUAAAAGCUAUGUUAAAUUG